AUGCGCUGGAUGCUGCUGGGCAGGGGGAGCCAAUGGCUGCUCACCUGGCUGAUGCUUGCACUUCCUUCCAUUUUCACAGGGCCACCAAGAGAGAAACGUCUCCCUGCCAUGGCAGCUGUCAAUCGCUCCAGCUUCACCAUCGCCAAGUGCAUCCUGGUUGGCGUGGAAGGCCUGGAGGAAUCUCAGAUGUGGAUCUCCAUUCCCUUCUGCUUCAUGUAUCUCCUCGCUCUCCUGGGCAACGGCCUCCUCCUCUUCGUCAUCGCCAAGGAGUGCAGCCUCCACGAGCCCAUGUUCCUCUUCCUGGCCAUGCUGGCCGUGGCCGACGUGACACUGUGCACCACCACCAUGCCCAAGACCCUCAGCAUCUUCUGGUUCCACGCCCGGGAGAUCGCCUUUGGGUCCUGCGUCACCCAGAUGUUCAUCAUCCACUUCCUUUUUGUAGCCGAGUCGGCCAUUCUCCUGGCGAUGGCGUAUGACCGGUACGUUGCCAUCUGCGACCCGCUACGCUACACCACUGUGCUGACACCCUCGUGGAUUGUGAGGAUCUUGGUGGCUGCAGUGGUGAGGGCCUUCUGCCUGAUGGCCUCCUUGACCUUCCUCCUACUGCGGCUGCCCUUCUGCGGCCGCAACGUCAUUUCCCACACCUUCUGUGAGCACAUGGGCAUCGUUAGGCUGGCCUGCGCCGAUAUCACGCUCAACAUCUGGUAUGGACUGACUGUGGCUCUCUUGACCACGGGGGUCGACACAGUUUUGAUCGCCGUUUCGUACGCUUUGAUCCUCCGUGCCGUCUUCCGCCUCCCGUCCAGAGACGCCCGGGCCAAAGCCCUGGGGACCUGUGGCUCCCAUGUCUGCGUCAUCCUGAUGUUUUAUGUCCCAGCCUUUUUCUCCAUCUUCGCGUACAGGUUUGCAGCCAACAGCAUCCCUCGCCCUGCUCACAUCCUGCUGGCCAACGUCUUUGUCACUGUGCCCCCUAUGCUGAACCCCAUUGUCUAUGGGGUGAGUGCCUGGUUCAGCUGCUCUGGCGGCCUGGGAAGUGGCGCUGAGGAUUCCAGGCACGUGUUCAGUUAUUGUAUUUUAUUUUUGCCUGUAGUUGUUGUUGUUUACAAUCAAGCACUGUGUAAAUUUUAUAAAAUAAAUGAAAUGAAAUUUAAUUGGGAUGGAGCUCAAUCUGCAGUAUCAAACCACCACAUCCUUUUUAUUACAGUUGGGUUUUUUGCUGAAUUUUUGGUGGAAUUGUCAAUAGAAAGACAGCUUAAAAUGCAAAAGCUAUAACUAAUAUCAACAUUAAAAAAUCAACAAAAUGCAGGAUAAUGAGACAUCAUAAACGAAUUUUUGCAUAUACAUGAAACCCGCUUCAGAUCUGAAUUGGAUAAAUUAUAACCCACUGGUUUUCUCUUAUUAUUGCAGCUAUUUCAUUACUAACUGUUUCUCUGAAGGAGUCAGAUUGUAAUGGGUCAAAAAAUAUGAUGAUAAGACACAUUCAUACAAGCCAGACCAUAUUAUAUGCUGAAGGCGCAUCUGUGUGCUUCAUUAUUCGUUUGUACAAUAAAAUCAUGCCCAAUAGCAUGAAAAUGGUCGUGGUCCUUUUGUCCUCUUGUCCCCUUGGUCUUAUGAGAUCAUUUUGCUAAUAGCUCUGUUCGCCACACUGCAUAUCCUACGCCAUGGGUAGGCAAACUAAGGCCCGGGGGCCGGAUCCAGCCCAAUUGCCUUCUGAAUCCGGCCCGUGCAUGGUCCGGGAACCAGCGUGUUUUUACAUGAGUAGAAUGUGUGCUUUUAUUUAAAAUGCAUCUCUGGGUUAUUUGUGGGGCCUGCCUGGUGUUUUUACAGGAGUCGAAUGUGUGCUUUUAUUUAAAAUGCAUCUCUGGGUUAUUUGUGGGGCAUAGGAAUUCGUUCAUUCCCCCUCCCCCAAAAUAUAGUCUGCCCCCCCCCACAAGGUCUGAGGGACAGUGGACCGGCCCCCUGCUGAAAAGGUUUGCUGACCUACGCUCAGAAUGGUGUCUGUUCUGCAGACACAGGUGGCACUCAAGAGAAGCUCCCUGGGCAAUGAUGAAGGGGCACCUCCCAGAAAAUUCAGGACCUGCAGGGACUCAGCACCCCUCAAAGGCAGUGCAUGACCCUGCCAUCACCCCGUGCCAAUAACUCUCCCUGCGCUCUCUCUCUCUCUCUCUCUCUCUCUCUCUCUCUCUCUCUCCAACCUCCGCUCUUCUUCACAACCACAUUUCAAAAUUCAUGGAGGUGGAAAGGGCAAUUGAUGGUUGGAGGCAGCGAUGCUUCUGAAGGGCAGUUGCUGGAAAACGCAGAAAGGGAGAGAUCUCUUGAAUCCUGCCUGAGGGCUUCCCACUGGGGGCAACUUGUUGGCUACUGCCUAUGCAAUUUUUCCAGAAAAAAAGGCUGCUGGAACUCACCAUGAACUUCUCCCUUGUUCUCUUAUAAUGGCAAUGGCACCCACUUGAGAGGGGCCUGAACUGAGUUCCAGUGGGGGGGACGGGACAACCCUGGUUACUUUGAGAACAGAGCACUGGAACUAGAUGAACCAUUGGCCUCCUAGGUUCCUCCUAGGUUCUUAUGUAGGUAUCCUGCCUGGACGUCCCCUUCACCCGGCACUCCCUUUCCCAGUUGCUAAGCAGCCUGCGCCUCUUUCGCCAGUCCUCGGCAGCAGAUGGUUCUCCUCUCUCCCUCCAUCGCAAAGGGCUCUGCUGGCAGUCUUAGGGAGAAGGGGCUGGCACGGACAGGGAAAGGCGAGGGUGGGGGUGGGCGGGCAGAGGUUUCCAUGGCACUGCAGAGGACUCCCAUCCCUUGGCAUGCAGUAGGAGUUGCUACUGAAAUCCCUGCUCAGCCCUGAAGCUCUCGGGAUAAAUGAUGUCCCUGCCCUUUCAUUUACUGCAACCGACUCUCUCCCUCUGGACUUCUGCUGUCUGCAGGUCCUCUCCUGGGACUCUGAGGUAGGGAGGAGGAAGAAGACAUAUAAAUUUCCCCCGUUUGCUGACCUUCAGUGGCUGCCUUCUCAUGAAGUGCUCUGGAGAAGCCUCUUUGAGGUCCAUCUUCCAUCAGGGCUGCAAAGUCCCGGAUCGGACUGUUUAUUGCCUUAUGCUUGCUAAAAGCAGGAAGACAUUGCACGACCUUUUUGGUGACUGAGGUAAGGGGAAUGACAGAACCGCCUGGCAAGAGCAAGCAGGCAAACACUCCCAGUGGACGGGCAUUGGCAGGAUAGAAGAUGGUGAGGAUUCAGGACAGAUAAGAGAAAUUCCUUCUUAUCUCCCUCUCACAAGAUGGCCUUAAAAGAAGGUUAGGCAAAUUCAUGGAGGAGGUGAGGGCUAUAAAUGGCUCUUAGGCACCCUCAGAAGCAGCAACGCUCCUGAGUGCCAGUUGCUGGAAACCCCAGGAAGGGAGAGCUGUUCUUGUGCUCAGGUCCUGCUUCCCCAUUGGGGUAUCUGGUUGGCCACUGUGAGAACAGGAGGCUGGACAAGGUGAGCCAGCAGAUUCCUCAUAUAAUAAUAAUAAUAAUAAUAAUAAUAAUAAUAACCCGCGGCUUCCAACCGAAUAUUAAAAACAAUACAGCAUCAGACAUUAAAAGCUUCCCUAAACAGGGCCGCUUUCAGUUGUCUUUUAAAAGUAAAGUAGUUGUUUAUUGCCUUGACAUCUGGUGGGAGGGCGUUCCACAGGGCGGGCACCACCACCGAGAAGGCCCUCUGCCUGGUUCCCUGUAACUUGGCUUCUCACAGCGAGGGAACUGCCAGAAGGCCCUCGGAGCUGGACCUCAGUGUCCGGGUAGAACAAUGGGGGUGGAGAUGCUCCUUCAGGUCUACUGGACUGAGGCCAUUUAGGGCUUGAAAGGUCAGCACCAAUACUUUGAAUUGUGCUCGGAAACGUACUGGGAGCCAACGUAGGUCUUUCAAGACCAGUGUUAUGUGGUCUCGGCGGCCGCUCCCAGUCACCAGUCUAGCUGCCGCAUUCUGGAUUAGUUGUAGUUUCCGGGUCACCUUCAAAGGUAGCCCCACCCAGAGCUUUCCUGGGUCAACUCACUAGGCCAUCUGCACCAAGGAACUGGUAGAGUUUAUAUUGUUUUUCUUUGGUUUCUGCACUUGCCGUAAGUGCACUUCUCAUCUGUUUCUUAUCCAAACAGAGUGACUGGAUCAAAGGUAUGAGCUCCGCAGCCCAUGCCAGGAUUAAUUAGGAAAGGGGUGGGAAAUAAAGGGGACGCUAUUGUAAUGCCAUUUUAUGAAUUUACUUUGCAAAUGCCACAGGGUGUACAGAUCCGGACGCCUCCCCUCGAGAAUGAGGUUGCAAAGUUGGAAAAGGUCCAGAAAGGGGUGAAGAAAAUGAUCCAAGAGACGCGGCAAUAACUUCCCAUAUUUGGAAAGGUUGCAGGAGGAUUUGGGACUUUUUAGUUUAGAGCAAAUAUGAGGAAGAGGCAACAUGAUUGAAGUUUGUGGGGUCUGGAAGGGUCACAUCCACCUACCUGGUCACAUGCAAAGGAAGGAUGCUCCAGACCAGGUGUAACAGGAAGUCCCCCUGGCUGGAGCAACAUCCCCCCUGUAUGUCCACUCUAGGCAAACAGGAAAUGUUGCAUUUGACUGCUUAUGUCACAUCCCACACAUGGCAGCUAAUGGAAGGUUGAGCAAGGGGGAUAUAGAAGCAAUGCGGCCGCGAGCUGGUAGCUUGAAAGCAAAACAUAAUGGGAAUGUUGGGACUGUUCUGUGGGAAACAGAGGGACAGUCAAUUCACAGUGCAGAGGGCACCGAAAUUAGCUCAGAGUGUAAUAUGAGCUGUACAGGAAGUACAGGAGGAGUUUGUCUCUCGACUGCUGAAGCUUGAAGAGAGCAGACAUGAUUUUUGUAACGCUGCAAAGACAGAAAUAAAGGAAUGUAAAUACGUUUCUGUCUAUCUCUCUCCCCUGCCCAGGGGGGCAGGAAAGGGGGGGGGUGUUCUUCUCACGCUGAGGAGGAUCGCCUAUCGCGACCUAGCCUGGAUCCUGCCGGGAAUGCAGACAGGGAGGUCAACAGGAGAUCAAGCCGGGUGCCUGGAGAGUGGCCAGUUUCUCCUGAUAAAGGCUUGAAUCCCAACAUUCUGCAGUCUCCUCUGCCUCAGACCUCCCAAUGUACCUCAGCCGAUUCACAGCUCAAUAGUGGGAGGACCUGGGUGGGAGCAGAAUGUGUGAAUGUGUGUCUACAGAUCAUGCGCUGGAUGCUGCUGGGCAGGGGGAGGCAAUGGCUGCUCACCUGGCUGAUGCUUGCACUUCCUUCCAUUUUCACAGGGCCACCAAGAGAGAAACGUCUCCCUGCCAUGGCAGCUGUCAAUCGCUCCAGCUUCACCAUCGCCAAGUGCAUCCUGGUUGGCGUGGAAGGCCUGGAGGAAUCUCAGAUGUGGAUCUCCAUUCCCUUCUGCUUCAUGUAUCUCCUCGCUCUCCUGGGCAACGGCCUCCUCCUCUUCGUCAUCGCCAAGGAGUGCAGCCUCCACGAGCCCAUGUUCCUCUUCCUGGCCAUGCUGGCCGUGGCCGACGUGACACUGUGCACCACCACCAUGCCCAAGACCCUCAGCAUCUUCUGGUUCCACACCCGGGAGAUCGCCUUUGGGUCCUGCGUCACCCAGAUGUUCAUCAUCCACUUCCUUUUUGUAGCCGAGUCGGCCAUUCUCCUGGCGAUGGCGUAUGACCGGUACGUUGCCAUCUGCGACCCGCUACGCUACACCACUGUGCUGACACCCUCGUGGAUUGUGAGGAUCUUGGUGGCUGCAGUGGUGAGGGCCUUCUGCCUGAUGGCCUCCUUGACCUUCCUCCUACUGCGGCUGCCCUUCUGCGGCCGCAACGUCAUUUCCCACACCUUCUGUGAGCACAUGGGCAUCGUUAGGCUGGCCUGCGCCGAUAUCACGCUCAACAUCUGGUAUGGACUGACUGUGGCUCUCUUGACCACGGGGUCGACACAGUUUUGAUCGCCGUUUCGUACGCUUUGAUCCUCCGUGCCGUCUUCCGCCUCCCGUCCAGAGACGCCCGGGCCAAAGCCCUGGGGACCUGUGGCUCCCAUGUCUGCGUCAUCCUGAUGUUUUAUGUCCCAGCCUUCUUCUCCAUCUUCGUGUACAGGUUUGCAGCCAACAGCAUCCCUCGCCCUGCUCACAUCCUGCUGGCCAACGUCUUUGUCACUGUGCCCCUAUGCUGA